AUGAUGACCGCGGAUGCGACCACGCUGUCCCCUUUCCCCUCCACUCUAAGGUGUUGGAUCCAAGCGUGCCGGUGGCUACAGGAUGGGAUAGACGGCAAUCCUGCCGCGCCUGGGAUGUCGACGCCCUACUUCCUCCUCAACAGCUUCUUCAGCGGGUUGCCCGACAUCAUGCGGCUGCCCGACGCGCUACUCUGGCCCGACGACAUGAGCGCCGCGAACAUCUGGUGGUUGUCGCGGGGAGACUGGUGGAACGACGAAAAUGCGUGUGGCGCGGCGGGCGCGGUCCCAAAGAAGCUCGACAUGGGCGACGAGGGCGACGAGGUCUUGCAUGACGACAUGGUGUAG